UAACCAUCAAACAAGCAUCUCUUCAAUGGAGGAAGAAUAAGGCUUCACAUCAGAAUAUAUGCAUGAAAACAAGAACAAAGACAUUAAGAAUAUGUUCGCUUAUUUAUCUUGUUUAUAUCAACAACAUUUCACAUUUUACCAGGGAAAAAAAAAGCAAGAAUACCCAGUUAGAGGAAUUAAUGCAAAAUUUGCAACUAGGGGGAAGAGGGUAAAGUUGCCAUGAGCAGCAGCUCCAACAGUUUCAAUUUCACGUCCUCACCAGGAGGAGAUCGGAGAAGGGGACGUGAAUAUGGUUUUAAUACUUACGUCCCUAUCAGCGAUGACAGGAAUUAUCCCUCGUCUUCAAUUCCCGUUAUUACUCGCUCCACUCCCUCUCAGGCCACUCUUGAUGGAAGCAGAGGUUCCUCUUAUGAUCCAUGGCGACCAAUAGACGAAACAUUAACAGGACCUUUAGGCUUACUUGGUUUUUAUAUGCGACCAAAUUCGAUAGGGCCAUUUCUUGUGGUGAACAAUGGCCUGGCAAGGCAGUCUCCUCCUCCAGGACCAGCGGAAGGCUUUGCUAGUUCCUCACAUGAAGAGUCGAGAUUGAGCCAAGAUGAGCAAAUCAAGGCAUUGAAGAAGCUAAGGAAAGAAAUUUACAAUCCUUCCCCCAAAAGGAUUUCUAGUAGAAUGUGUUUGUAUUAUAGAGACCAAGCUCUAAACGUCUUGAAUGAGAGGGCAAGAGAGAAAGAAGAGGAUGGGAAGAGUUGUGUUGUUUGUUUAGAAGAUUUUGAGCCUAAGGAGGCGGUGAUGCUAACCCCAUGCAACCAUAUGUUUCAUGAGGAAUGCAUCGUUCCAUGGGUCAAGAGCCAUGGCCAAUGCCCUGUCUGUAGGUUUGCAAUUUGUGACAGAAUUGGAGGCGGCACUGCAGGACCCUUCAAUAAUAUCACAAAUAUACCAGCGAGUGAUCUACCAGCUAGAGAUCUAAUUUCAUUCUUGAGAUCAGUUGGAGCCAUAUAAAGGCUCUAUUGUAGUUGAGGGUAUGUAAAUUUCAAAUGAAUCAGCUUUCAACCAUCAAAGAAAAGAAAAAGGCAAUUAAAAAAGAAGAACAAUAAAUAAAAGAAAGAAGAUUGAUCCAAA